AAAGUAAUAAUCAUAAUAAUAAAAAACUUAGCAAUCUUCGUACGUUGAACAUAAUUUCUCCAGUUCCAGGAUGGCAGAGUCUAGCUAGCCUUAUAUUGUCAAGUCUUCUCUCCUGGUCUUUUUGCCUCCUCCUCCACUCCACAGUCCACAUUCACUUCUCUCUGCAUUUCUCAAGAAAACAUGCCACAAACAUGGUUCCACAUCUUCUAUCUCUUCAAUUCAAUCCUUCUUACUUUCACCAUCUUUUACAUUACACCAAUCUCUGAACUUCUAUUCUUUAAAGAAGUCAACGACUAUAAUGAUCUCACCAAGAUACCAGAAUUCAUCCCAAUGCCACCGGUCGAUUGUAAGAAUGAGAAAUCUUUAUUUGAUGAGAAGGAUGUGGAGGUGCUGACACAAAAUAAUUUCAGCGAAUUUGUUGCUGCAACUCAACACGUGAUGUUGAAUUUUUAUGCUCCAUGGUGUGUUUGGAGUCAGAGGUUAGCCCCCGAAUACGCUGCUGCUGCUACCAUGCUAAAAGGUGAGGCUGUUUUUGCAAAGAUAGAUGCUACCAACGAAAUAGAAUUGGGGAAGAUGUUCAAGAUUAAGGAGUAUCCUACAAUGUAUUUAUUAGUCAACGGAGGAGUUCAAAAGGUUACGUAUGAUUUAACUGAUGAAAGGACUACUGAUGCUAUUACAACUUGGGUGAGGCAGAAGAUGAGCCGUGCUGUCCAAAAUGUGACAACAAUUGAGGCGGCUGAGAGAAUAUUGGCAGCAAGAUCUGUUUUAGUGAUGGGAUUCUUCGGUGCUUUAGAGGGUUCUGACAGCGAGGAGCUUGCUGCGGUGGCAAAGCAGCAUAUUGAUGUCAACUUCUAUCAAACUGCUAAUGCUGAGGUUGCAAGGCUUUUCCAAAUCGACCCACAAAUCAAACAACCUGCCUUGGUCAUGCUGAAGCUGAAGUGGAUGACAAGAAAUCAUAACCAUUUUGGUUUUGAUUGUCAAUUCACUAGAUCAGAAAUAUCAAACUUUGUAUCCGAAAAUAAACUUCCUUCGGUGAUCACUUUCUCAGAAGAAGAUGCUCCCAACAUAUUCAAAAAUCCUAUGAAACAGUUGUGGCUUUUUGCUGCUACAUAUCCUAAGGAGGUGUUAGCCCCAUUCAUAGAGGCAGCAGAUCAUCUCAAAGGGAAGCUUCUCUUUGUCCAUGUCGAAACUGAAUAUAAUUCUAUGCAAAGGCGAGUUUCUUAUGAAUUUGGCGUUGCUGAAGGUCUUCCAACACUUGUAGGGUAUACGGCGAACGGAGCCGAUAAGCAUGUAUAUAACAGUGAUUUGUCUUUCAAUGGUAUCAAGGCAUUUGCAGAGAAGUUUUUGGAAGACAAGCCUCCUAGCCAACCAUCUUCAACUCCAGAUAACGUUAUUAAACUCCCAUUCCGUACUCAUAACUCCGGUCCAACUUCCACCGGAUGGGCAUUCUAGGCAAUAACUUUGAUAAAAAGGAACGAUUGACUCGGGAUCACAGUAGCAAUAGCAGUCUGCCUAUCACUACCGCGCACAAGUUGAUGGAAAUUAGCAAGCAACCAUGCCACAUUGUUGUGUCUAUCCUCAAAAUAAAUUAUACGAGGAGCCUAUUAGAAACUACCCUCAUUUGGAGACAGGAUGCCCUGGGACCGUUGCUAUAUGGACGAGCUUUUAGCCUAUGCCAGUCUGCUGAUUCAUGUAUUUUUUAGACAUCCCAUGUCAUUACACAUUUUUUGCAGGUGGGUUCAUUGCCGUUUCAGUUUGCAAACCAUGCAUUUUUGUUUUCUUUCAUGUGGGAUUCAAUAAAGAGGAAGAAUCUUGGUCAAAAUGUUGAUCAGGCUGACAGAAGGAACAAGGUAAUGGUUUCAUUAGUAGGUUGAUGAAAAUGAACUAAAGGAAGCUCAAGCUAAAUACGAUGAAGAUCGACAAAGGUGGCAAGAGGAGAGGAAAGAUCUUACAGCUUCACAGAGCAAAAUCAGAGGUCCAAGCCCGCUUCCAUUUCUCUUUUCUGUUUCGA